AUGAAUUUCCUCAAGGAUAUAAUUCUGUUCAGAAAGUACAUAAACGGUGCAUGGUGUGAUGAUGAUGCUAAGGCCUUCAAAACCUCAGUAUUUACCAAAGAUUUCCGCAUCUAUAUCGUGAUGGCUGAUGAAAAAUUUCGCAUUUGUAUCAAUAAUAGCUUAGAGGUCUCCUAUACAUAUCGGAUACGUUUGAAUUUGUUAACUCAUUUGGAGAUAGAUGGUGGUCUGAAGGUGGUACGUCAAGUAGAUCAUCGAAAAUAUUUUCCAUUUGUAUGGCCACCGAUCCAGGCAAUGGAAGAACGUCUUCAAUUUAGUGGUGAUGUACCGUUGCCAUUUAAAGCGGGUCAUGUAAUGGUGAUUGAAGCUGAGCUAAGUGGAAAUGAGAAGGGUUCUUUUAUUGUCCAUUUACGUAAUGUCAAUGAUGUCGAACUACAGGAGCUUUUUGGCGAGGAGAAAAAAUUACAACAUUUUCCAUUUGAAAAUUUUUUCCAACCAUUCAAAUUGGCUGUGGCCUUCGGACAAAAUGAAUUGCUGUUGGCAAAGGAUGGUGCCGUUUUAUUCGCAUUUCCCUAUAGGACUCCAGAUGUCUUAGCAGUCAUUGGCGGUUUGAAAAUAUUUGGUCUAGAUGAUCUGAAGAUACGAAUUGCCGAAUUGAAUCAUAUUCAAAUGACGGAUGUUUCAUGUACCGGUUUCGAAAAUUAUUCGCAAUUAGAGAUUGUUAAUAAUUCGAAUUAA